AUAACAAGGGUUUGGUUUCAGAUAAACAUGUCUGAGAAGAAGAAGGAAGGUAGCGAGGCUGAGCCUGAAGAAGAAUUCUCUGUGGAGAAAGUUCUUGACAGAAGGGUUCGGAAUGGAAAAGUGGAGUACUUCCUAAAAUGGAAGGGAUACAGUGACGCGGACAACACAUGGGAGCCGGAGGAGAAUCUCGAUUGUCCAGAUCUUAUCUCAGCCUUUGAAGAGGCUAGGAAAAAAAAAGAAGCUGAGGGCAAAACUGCAAAGGUGGAUAAAGAUGUGAAGAAACGCAAGUCCACCGCCGCGACGCCAGAUCUCAAAGGUGCUAAAAAGUCCAAGAGUGAUGACAAGAAAGCAUCUGGCUUUGACCGUGGCCUUGAGCCAGAGAAGAUUAUUGGAGCAACAGACAGCAGCGGAGAGCUGAUGUUCCUCAUGAAAUGGCAGGGCACAGACGAAGCGGACCUGGUCCCGGCCAAGCAAGCCAACGUGAGGUGCCCCCAGGUCGUCAUCCAGUUCUACGAGGAGAGGCUUACCUGGCACACGCCGGCGCCUGAUGAUGCCAACAACGAUGACUAG